CAACGACCUAGCCGCAGGGGGCCUCAUGAGCCUGCUGCUCUACCUCAGAGAGGUGAUCCUCCAGGACUCAGUUGCGCUGCGCCGGCGCUUCCCUAGCCACCCUGUGUGGAACCACCCAGUGUUCCAGCACAGGGCGUACGCCGCCUUCGCUCAGGACAUCGACGCGUCUCUCGACGCAGAGGCAGCUCCUAGUCGGCUGUCAGUCCUGUACCAGGCGAUACCCCUGCUUGCUGACCAGCUCCAAGCGCUGGAUGCCCGGAACGAGCAGCGG